AUGAAGUUCACCCGGUCCGACGAUUGGACUUCCUACCACGUGUCGAUGUUUGGAAGGCUACAACUGCCGAUCAGGAUGAUGCCGAUAGAGUAUUUCACGUACACGAAAAAAGGCAAGUACGACUGCAAACCGGCCGAACUCAUGGCCCCAAAAAACCACAAUCCGGCAUUCUUUAAGAAACCAUGUCCAAACGCCCACAGUCACGCGUUCGACGCCUCGACCAGCUCGUUUACAUGUCGCGGUAACGCGAUAACCAAGUACGACAUCAUAUUUUGCCCAUAUUAA